CCACACUUGAAUUGAAUGGUUGUAUCUCGAAAAGUCGGCAGCUUGUCGGCUGCUCCGCCUCCGCUGCAAUGGCGUCCAUGCCUACCUGGACACCGCUCCAUCUAGAGCUUAAGGUUCUCCACCAGCAUCCCACUCCUUUCAUGGCGGUGACGAGAAUCAUCAACCCUCGCAGCAGCGUCUCUGUUGGUAAGCUCAGCCUUCUCUCCGCCCGUUGUUCAUUCGUGAAGCGCGCCAGCAACAGUGAUGGCGUCCCGGCCGAAGCCAGCCCCAAACCUUCCGAUGUUGGAGUAAUUAAGGACAAUGCUAGUUCUGGCCCUGGCUAUGUUGGCUUGUUUGUUCGAAUGCUUGGUCUAGACAAUGAUCCCUUGGACAGGGAGCAGGCAGUAGUUACUCUUUGGAAGUAUUCCCAAGGGGGGAAGGAUUGUAUUGAUGGCGUUGUGCGAUUUCCUGGCUGCAUUAACCUUGUAGUCAGCCUACUCAAGUUAGAUUCUAUGACCACCUGUGAAGCAGCUGCAGGCCUUUUACGAACUAUUUCAUCAGUAAGCAUACACCGAGAUGUAGUGAUUGAAUGUGGAGCAGUUGAAGAAAUUGUUGGUCUUCUGUGUAAAUCAUGUUUGACAUCAGAGGUAAAGGAGCAAAGUCUAGGUGCCUUAUGGAACUUGUCUACUGAUGAGAAAGUGGCUGUGAAGAUAGCUAAAAGUGACUUCUUACCGAUGCUUAUUAAGUUCCUUGAUGAUGAGGAAAUAAAGGUGAAGGAGGGAGCUGGUGGAGUUUUGGCAAAUUUGGCUUUGACUCCUACUAACCAUAGUAAUUUGGUAGAGGCUGGUGUGAUUCCAAAACUGGCAUCUCUGUUGAAAACCAAAGAUGAUGGCUUUAAAGUAAUUAGGAAAGAAGCAAAAACGACAUUAUUAGAACUUUGCAAGGAUGAAUACUUCAGAAUCCUUGUCACUGAAGAGGGUCUUGUUCGAGUCCCUUUAGUUGGUGCUGCCGCAUAUAAAGCUUUCAAACCAGUUUCUUAUUCAUGGCCCUCAUUACCUGAUGGAACAGAAAUUCAAAAGAAUUCACGCCCUUCAAGAUAUGGUGCUUCUGAGUUACUUCUUGGUUUGAAUGUCCGUGACAACCUCAAUUUAUCUGAAGCAAAGAUGAAUGCCAUGAUUGGACGUUCACAACAGCAAUUUCUUGCAAGAAUUGGAGCUAUUGAGUUGGAGGAUGGAAGAAAAGUUCAUUCAGAUUCUUCACAGAGGCAGCAGUAUACUCUUUUGCCCUGGAUUGAUGGUGUUGCUCGUCUAGUUCUGAUUCUUGGACUUGAAGAUAUUUCUGCAAUAUCCAGAGCUGCUUAUUCUAUUGCUGAUGCGGCAACGAGUGAACAUAUGCGGAUCUCAUUCAAGGAAGCUGGAGCAGUUAGACUUUUAGUUCAGCUGCUAGACCAUAGCAAUGAUGGUAUUAAAGAGGCAGCAGCACUUGCACUGGAUAGGUUGUCUAACAGCUCUGAAGUUCGCCGGACAAUUGAUGCUGAGGGCGUGUUGAGUCCCCUGAUUAACAUACUUAAGUCCAAAAAUACUUCACAGAGUCUGUUAGAGAAGGUUGUGAAUAUACUUUCUCGGAUUUUUGACCCAGGCAAGGAUGUGAAACAAAAGAACAAAGCAAUCAAUGGAUCGUCAGAAGUGGUACUUACUAAUGCACACAGUUCUGAUAAAAUUGAAGGAUCAAGCAAACAAUUGGACACCUUUCUUCAGCCUGAUUUAACUACGAGGGAGAUGAUAGAUUCUGGGGUGAUAGCUCGCUUUGUUGAAACAUUUAGGAUCUCAUCUCCAGAUUUACAAGUGAAGAUUGUUUCCAUCCUUGACUAUGUUGUGACCUCUGAGUUGCAUGUAACUGCAUUAAUUGAAGCUGGCAUUGAAUCAGGACUUGAUGCUGUUUUUGAACAGGGAUCUUCUAAUGUCGUGGAAGAUGAUGAUGACAGUAAGCUAGAGGAGGACAUUGUUAAAGCUGAAGAGAUUGGUCUUGUGAUUGCUGCAGCAUCCAGAUUGCUCUCAAAAUUAUUAGACUUUGAACAAUUUCGACGUGGCAUUGAUUCUAGAAGUUUUGUAUUUAAAUUGCGUAAUAUCCUGAGAUCCAACAUCCCUCUUCAUGCGAAAGAGUGGGCUGCAGCCUGUCUGGUAAAGCUUGAAGCUCAUUUUGGGUCACUUGCUGAUCUUGGGCACCGUAUUGAUAUGGAAGUAACACUCUACGAGACAAUUCCAAGACUCGUUGAACAAAUAAGAACUUCGGCUUUUGAUGAAUCACAAGAGGCUGCUGCCCAAGAAUUAUAUGAGGUGGUGGCCUCUAGAGGGCUGGUGGAGUGCAGUAGAGCAAUUGCAACUUGUGGAGGGAUAUUUCCACUUGUAAAACUGAUUGAUGAGGGUCAUGCACUAGAGGCUAGCUUGGCCAUCUUGUAUAACCUCAGUAUGGACAGUGAGAAUCAUCCGGCUAUAAUUGCUGCCGGUGCAGUGCCAAUAUUGAAGAGGAUAGUUCUUACAAAAGGGCCGCAAUGGACACGUGCACUUCAUCUGCUAAGGACGCUGCCAACAUGAACUGAAACUAGUGACAUGGGAAAGAGUACAACAGCAUAUGCUUUGUUGGCAAGUAGUCAUACCAACUCCUGAUGAGGUGAGUUUAUAUUGCUUCUCAUUUAGACCAGGAAAUUAGCCACAGCACUUGGUCGUGUGGCUGAAAGCAACAUGUAUUGUUGCCUGUGUUGCCGCGGGGUAACUGUUGCGGCCAUAAGCAGUCCAUGUUGAAGUUAUGUAUAAGAGAGUUUGCAUAAAAAAUGAAUGAGAGCUAAAGAUGGUUGUUUGACCUUGGAAUGAUUUCAUAUGAUGCUAAUGUGAUUUAACUGAACCUUUUGAAUUAUUUC